CAGCAGCAGAGAAGCGUUCACGGUUCAGGUAUGGAUUCAGUGGGAGUGAAUGUUAUUGAAAGUGCAGCUCUGGGGAGACCCUUCCAGCUGGGGAUGCUGUAUGACUGCAGAAAAGAUGCACUAAUACCAGGAAUCACACUAUGGGAUAACGAGCAGCUGCAGCAGAAUGUGGGCUCGUCGGGUGUAAGUGGAGCAGCCAAAUAUCUCAGUGAUACCAAGAAGUCCUUCAAACAACAGAGACUGACUCUACAUUAUCAUUCAACCACCAAGUUUGAAGCACUAGCCAUGAAUCACUUGGCUUCUCGAAAUAUAGCUCACUCUGAAGUGUUUGAUAAUGAUACAGCCACACAUGUGGUGACGGCUGUGCUGUAUGGGGCGGAUGCUUGUUUUGUUUUUGAUAGAGAAGUUUCAUCAGAUGAAGACAAGAGCACUGUAGAAGGAGAAGUAAAAGCUGCCUUUGAGAAACUAAAGGGCAUUUCAGCAAGCGCAGAAAUUUAUUUGAGCAAGAAGGAUGAUCAGAAGACUGCUGUUCAAAAAUUCAGUUGCACGUUUUAUGGUGACUUCCAGCUACCAUCUAAUCCAGCCUCUUUUGAAGAUGCUUUGAGGGUUUUUGCUGAUCUUCCAAAACUACUGGGAGACAACAAAGAACUUGCAGUUCCAUUGAGAAUGAAAAACCUUCCAGGUUCCUGCAUUCUCCUGUAUGAAAAUGGAUCUGAGGCAGCCACUUGUUUCAUACCUCCAUUAAAACCAUCUUGCCCAGUCAUUGAACAGAUCACAAAUGACAGAGUGGUUGUUAAAGUGUCUCCAUCAUGUCCUGCAACAGAAGAGCUCAAGUUACAGUAUAAAAUGAAGGAGAAGAAGGACUGGAAAUAUCAAUCUGUGCUACAGGGACAAAGCACAGCUACUCUGACAGAUCUCAGACCAGACACUGAGUAUGAGAUCAAAUGUGCAGCCGUGGGGAAACUGAACUACUCCGUAGACAGUGAUGUCAUCAAAGUUACUACACACCAGCGGUGUAGUCAGGGGCGAUACUAG